AUGCCCCAAGUGCUCACAGCGAAGAGUUUCACGUUGCUACGAAGUCAAAGCACAGGCUCCGCUGCGUCAUACCCAGAGAUUCCGCGUCGACAAUCUUCAUUGUCGGCGAGUCUGAGCGAUGGCACCGAUGGCCCGGCAACAUCAACAAGAACGCCAUCUCUUUGCGAAAGUCUAUAUCAAAUUCGAGUUAUCAAAACCCGAGAGAGAAAUGCGUCAACAUCUCGAUUUUCGAAUGGCUUCGAUCUCAAUUCAACAGAUGACCCCUUUGUUGACAAGAACUCGCGAUUCUUUGCCUAUGAGCAACAAGUAGAACAAGCCAAGAAUCGAUAUCGACCUAUCCCGAGAUUGACAGUCCGGUGGAGCUCGGGGUCUUGGGACUCUUCCGGGCUACCUGUGCCUUCAAUCUCGGCAAGCGGGACGUUGCAAUCGAGGCCUCUCACUCCCCAAAUCGAAAACUUGCCGGUGAACCAGUAUCUUCAUGUCAAAUCAGACUAUAUUUUCCCAAUGGACUUACCCGUCGCUUUUGUUGAUGUGAAAUCGACGACUAGCAAAUCGCAGAUUGGCCUGGGGCCCGUGUCUCUGUGGACAACUGUCCAUGUCUCUGCCGAUGUCAGCUCAGUUUUCUCUCCAGGAACUUCAGGUCUUGCUCCCCUCGAUGCAAUCAUUCUUCUUGAUAGAGUGUCCCAGCCCUCGGUUAAUCUGUUAACUCAGAUUUCCUUGGGUCCCUCUGUUCUGGCGUCUAAUUUGGUUCACAAUCAUGACCGGAUCGCGUUGGCUUGUGUUGAUCCAGCGGCGAAGCACGGUUUUGAAAUCCUGCUGCCUCUGGGCUUCCAUUCCCUCGACAUUGUUCGAGCUACCCUGACCAGAUUCUCUCAACGCAAGCACUUCAUACAAUAUGGAGCUCCUCCGGAUCUUGGAAAUAUCAUUCAGCAGGUUACCAGCAUGUUUGGAACUCCGACCAGACCCGCUUUUUGUCAUUUGUUCUUUGUUUCGGCCAGGCCACCAGAUCAUUUGUUGAUUCCGUGGAUUGACCAGGCCAUUGGAUUUCACACCAUCACUCCUCAACCCUGUCUGCUGGUGACUCGGCCGAACUCCCAGGCCGGUUGGCAUAUUCCUUACAAUACUAGCAGCGGAGAUGUGUGCCCUCGUGGAGCCCAUUUCAUACGCAAAGUAGCCAAGGUCAUCCGGCAGCUUCGUACUGGCAUACGUCCAGGAUCUAUAUCCGACCUGAAACUUUCUCUAUCUCCUGGUUAUGGCUGUUCCAUUCAGACGGUUAUAGAUAAUACCCGGCUCACAUCUCUUCGUCCUGGCGAAACUUGGGUUGUUCCGGUUCAAAUCAAUGUCCCAAACGCCUUUCCGCACAACCACUGUCCUACUGAGGUUGACUCCCCUGUUUUCGGGGAUUUGCUUGCUCAGAUCAAUGAAAUAUUGCAAGAUUUCACUGGUGAAAUCACUCAGCCGGUCUUGACCGCUUCAGUUAAUUAUCGGCAUUCGCUCCUCCCAUCACCGAACACCAUCCAUGCUAAGACACAUCUUACUGUUGUCCGGACUGAAGAAAACCGUCACUCCAGUGAAUCACAUGUCGUGGUAAUUGAGCAAGGUGGGGUAGCUGGAGAUGUUCUGAAUUUCUGA